AGUCAGAGACCGAGAGCAAGCUCUGCCGCACCCUUUCUCUACCGCGCACAGGUGAACUGCGGCCAAACGACCAAAGUCACUCGAAAGUCACAUUUGGAUUGUAAUUUUUGGCCAAAUGUAUGGAUUAAACAAAGACUAAACUCGUGUCUGGAGACUGAUAUGAAGGGAUAGGCGCUAAAGCAAGACUAAGACCAAAGAGAAGGGACAACGUCUCAGCCCACACACGAUUGGAGGAGAUAGACGUCAAUCAAACUGGACGCCGUCCAUUCCCUCCCACCCCUCAUGGCGAGACCACCCCCAACCCACCAAUAGGGCGAGUCCCAUCCACACGAACCCCCGCCACCACUCAUCCGUCCGGACAAUCCAAUUGGUCCUCCUCACUCCACUAAACUUCUGCCCACUCUACGCUCCACCCCAUCCACCCCCUCUGAUUGGUCAAGAUGGACAAGUUGACAGACGAUGUCCCCGGGUGCUACUACAACCGUACGGUGCAGUUCUUCUACGAACAUAGUGGAAAGAACAUCAGCGCCCACUGGCGUCCUCGGGACUACGUGGUGGUGAGCCUGGGCAUGGGUGUGUCUGUCAUCGUCAUCCUGGCCAACAUCCUGGUCAUGGUGGCCAUCUUCAUCAACCGACGAUUCCACUUCCCUAUCUACUAUCUGCUAGGCAACCUGGCGGCAGCAGACCUGUUCUCAGGUAUCGCCUACCUGCACCUGAUGUUCCACACUGGGCCCUGGACCAUCAAGCUGUCCAAGAACCAGUGGUUUGUCCGCCAGACCCUGAUCGACUCCAGUCUGACAGCAUCGGUGUUGAACCUCCUGGCCAUCGCCUUGGAGCGUCACCAGACCAUCUUCACCAUGCAGCUCCACAGUAAGAUGACCAACCGCCGCGUGGUGCUGCUCAUCGCCCUUAUCUGGGGCCUAGCCAUCUUCAUGGGCCUGGUUCCCACCAUGGGCUGGCACUGUCUGUGUGACCUGGAAAACUGCUCCACCAUGGCCCCCAUGUACAAACGCUCCUACCUGGUGUUCUGGGCUGUGCUCAACCUGUUCACCUUCUCUCUCAUGGUAGCUGCCUACACCAGGAUCUUUGUGUACGUCAGACACAAGAGCCAGAGGAUGUCUCAGCACACCAGCCAGAUACGACACAAGGAGACUGUGUUCAACCUGAUGAAGACUGUUUCUAUGAUCCUGGGUUGUUUUGUGAUCUGCUGGACCCCGGGCCUGGUGUUGUUGAUGUUGGAUGGUCUGGGCUGUGAAUCUUGCCAGGUGCUGCGUUAUGAGAAGUACUGUCUGGUCCUGGCUGAGUGUAACUCCCUGGUCAACCCCAUCAUCUACAGCUUCAGAGACACGGACAUGUUACAGACCUUCAAGCGGAUCCUCUGCUGCCUGUGUCGCCGCGGCGACGCCGGCCGCAAAGACACGCUGUCCGGCAUGCGCUGCAACACCCUGGAGCAAGAGCCGUAUGAGAAUGGUGAUGCGGAGCUGGUGGAGAAGACCAGGGGAGCUCCUCUCAUCCUGAAGGGAACAGAGGACAUGAUGACGUCCACAGAGAGCUGACACGAGCAUGCGCACACACACACGCACACACACACACACAGUGUGUGAUUAUUUGGGGGGGGGUUGUAUUGUAUGAUGUGAUGUUUAGUUGUAUUGAUGUAAAAUGUUGUUUGUAUGAUACUGUAUGUUACAGAAAACAUGACUACAGUUACCUACAGGCACUGACAUUUCUGUUUGAAACAACUUUAUUGACAUUGUCCCAUAUACACUCCUCAGAUAUGUGUUGACAUGUGGUCUACCCGAGCCAGUCAGCUCAGUAGAAAAGUCAUCAUUACAAUCAGAACUGAAUAUUUAUGACUUUUUAAUUUGACAUUUUAUUUAUGCAUUUUUUGUUGUUGAUCUUACGAGAAUAGUCUGCGCUGUGUAUACAGGGAGGGGAGAGGUGUGUGUGCAGGGGUUGGAGAGGUGUGUGUGCAGGGGUUGGAGAGGUGUGUGUGCAGGGGUUGGAGAGGUGUGUGUGCAGGGGUUGGAGAGGUGUGUGUGCAGGGGUUGGAGAGAUGUGUGUGCAGGGGUUGGAGAGGUGUGUGUGCAGGGGUUGGAGAGGUGUGUGUGCAGGGGUUGGAGAGAUGUGUGUGCAGGGGUUGGAGAGGUGUGUGUGCAGGGGUUGGAGAAGUGUGUGUGCAGGGGUUGGAGAGGUGUGUGUGCAGGGGUUGAGAGAUGUGUGUGCAGGGGUUGGAGAGGUGUGUGUGCAGGGGUUGGAGAAGUGUGUGUGCAGGGGUUGGAGAGGUGUGUGUGCAGGGGUUGGAGAAGUGUGUGCAGGGGUUGGAGAGAUGUGUGUGCAGGGGUUGGAGAGAUGUGUGUGCAGGGGUUGGAGAGAUGUGUGUGCAGGGGUUGGAGAGAUGUGUGUGCAGGGGUUGGAGAGAUGUGUGUGCAGGGGUUGGAGAGAUGUGUGUGCAGGGGUUGGAGAGAUGUGUGUGCAGGGGUUGGAGAGGUGUGUGUGCAGGGGUUGGAGAGAUGUGUGUGCAGGGGUUGGAGAGAUGUGUGUGCAGGGGUUGGAGAGAUGUGUGUGCAGGGGUUGGAGAGAUGUGUGUGCAGGGGUUGGAGAGGUGUGUGUGCAGGGGUUGGAGAGGUGUGUGUGUGUGUACUGCAUAACAUGUUAGGUGAGUUUUAAGAAAGGGGGGGGGGUAUUUGUAAAGACAUUCUACUGUUAUUAAAUGUAUUGUUAGGUUCUGAACAGAGUAAAAACUCAAACCGUGUUUAUUCACCGCCCUGAAUGCCUCGGCUGCAAGCACAUUUCACACAUGAUCAAACAGGCAUUUAUACAUCAGGGUGUAUCUUCUCUGAACUGCCAUCUGUUGCCCAAUACUGCCUACAUGUUGCGUCGUUGUCUUGGCCUUCCAGCCGUCUGCCAGCCGUCCCUCUUAUCUGUCUCGUUGUCUAGAGAAUGAAGGAAUAGACUAUAGACCAGUCUGUAUUGUAGACUGAUGUGUUCUGGUUGUUUCUGUGACCUCACAAUCAGUUUCAUGGUCAGAAAUGAUGGAAACCGUUUCUAUUAAAGAACCUACAACACUUC